UACUUCCAGGCUACUUCUCGUUUUCUCAUGUUGCUGCUGUUGUGAGCUCUCCAGCUUCAGUUUAUUAACGGACACUGAAACAAAAUAAUAGAUAGCACUUCCAAGACAUGUUUGUAGUUUAUUGUCUGUUCGCCAAAGAUUAUCACGGGAAUGGUAUCCUUGUUAUGCUUGACAACAACUGUAGCUUGGGCCUUUGUUAGGCUUGGUUUCUAGGGACACCGUUGCUAUAGACAGCGUACUACAUAAAGUUGAGCAAGGUCAGGCGAUUUCCUCCAAUCACGAUCACGCACUGGCUACGAAACCUUUUGAAUCAGCCAAUCAAAUGAGAGACUGAUUACCCACCGGAAAAUGGUUUGAAGACUCUGGGAUGACAAGAAAACUGAAGUAGCUCGCAACUAUUUUUAUGUACAUUUACCCAUAUCGACGUUUGAAUGUUUGUAGUUUCGCAUGAAAAAAUCAAGAACAAGCUCAUCCUCCCCACCUCUGCACGUGCAUGUGAACGAGACCACGCCUGUGCACGUGCAUGUGAAGAAGAGCACAAAAUGCAGCCCUACCAAGACAGCCCAGGUUAAGACAAAAAGUGGCUUGCAUCCUACUGCUAAGGUAAAGACGAGGGUCCCAUGGAUCCCACCUGGCAAGGUCUCAACUCGAGAGGCCUCAUAUAAGUGGGAGGGACCAAGUCAUCGUCUAGAGAUAACGCCUCCACAGGAACCUGAACGCUCCCAGUCUCCUCUCCGAAUUGAAGAUCUUUCCACUGAUGAGGAAGAAGCACUGCAUGGACGCAUAAAUCAGUAUGAGAGGAAGAUCGACAGCCUGAUGACAGAGGUCAGCUCUCUGAAAAAUGAGGUAGAGCUUCGUAAGAAGGAGCAGCUGCUAGAGCGUCAGUCGGAGAGGUUGAGCGCAUCGCAGCGUGUCAUUGCUGAGCAGGAGGAGGAGCUUGCAGAGGUCGCCCGGGAGCUGGAGGCCACAGAACAGGAGAACUCCCGCCUACGGGAGUCCAUGGAGAAGAUGCUGGUGGAGAAUGAUUUUGGGAGACUAGAAAGGGACAGUAUGCAGCUAGACAAAGAUGUUCUACUCAGAAAGCUGCUGGAAGCAGAGAUGGACAGCAGUGCAGCCGCCAAGCAGGUGUCGGCUCUCCGUGAAACAGUCAGCCAUAUGUCCAGGAGUGAGAAAAAGAUGUCAGGAUCAGACUCAACACUCUUGACCCGACAGAAGGAGCUCUUGCUGCAGAAACUGGAGACUUUUGAGAGCACUAACAGAGCCCUCAGACAUCUUCUGAGAGAACAACAUAGUCGAGAGAUGGAGUCACUAAGACUCUUGGAGCAGAAAGACACGCUUUUGAAAAGACUUUCUGAUGUGGAAGAAGACAAUUCGCGUAUUCUUGUAAAGCUUCAAGACAAAGAGAGAGAGGUCAACCAGCUCACUUCCUUGUUAGAGAGUGAAAAGGAGAGUGCAAAGACCACCAGUGAACUCUCCAAAGUUUUGGAGUCCACCCGAGCACAUCUUCAGGGUCAACUACGCAAUAAAGAGGCAGAGAAUAGCCGCCUUAAUGUUCAGAUCAGGAAUCUAGAGCGAUCCAUCAGCCAGCAGCAGGGGGAGGUAGAUCACCUGCAGAAUCAGUUGCGAGACCUCAGGCAGCAAGCGGAGGCUGACAAGGACGCCCUAAAGAAAGCCACGAGGGCACAGAAACAGCGGGCCCAGCGCAGUGAAGACACUGUGGGACAGCUCAGCGCCCAGCUCAUGGAGAUAGUGAGUGGAGAAUCACAGUUGGCAGAUGCUGUGUCAGCUGCAGAGAACUGGAGCAGUCGCCACGCAAAAGAGAUGAAGGACAAAGGACAGUUAGAGAUGGAGAUCACAUUGUUGAACAGCCGUAUUACAGACCUGACAGAACAGUUGCAUGGGCAGGAAGAGAAAGCCCGAACUGAGAGAGAAGGACUCUUAGAUCGCCUUCAUGAGCUCAAUACCGAGAGCACUACUAUACGCCUGGAGAACCAGAGCCUUAAGGCCACUUUGUCUGCCUUGGAAGAGAAGUUGUCAUUGUCCCAGUCUGAGGUCCAGCAGGUCAAAGUUUCCGUGAAACAGUACGAGAGCUUGGUGGACAGCUAUAAAGCCCAGGUUCAGAAGACGCGUGCCGAAGCAGACGAGUACUCUGCACGCCUGCAGGUGGCUGAAAGUGAAGCUCAGACUGUAAGAGAUGAGCUAGACCAGGAGAUCCAGCAGGUCAGGAAGCAGCUCCACGGUCGUCUGGCGGAACUGGAGCCCCUUCCUGAAGCUCUAAGACAUGCCGAACUCCAGUUGCAGGAAGCUCACGAGAAAGAGCGUUUGCAAGAGAGAAGAAACACAGAGCUCAGCACCUCCCUCUCAGAGCUACGUAUUAAGGUGGAGCAACAGGGAAGUCUGGCAGAGAUGUUGAGACACAAGAACAUGUUGUUACUGGAAGAAAACAAGCAGCUUCAGCACAAAGCAGAGGGCCUUGAGCGGAAGCUAGAGGAGGUUAACUCACAAAAUCGAGACCUCAUCCAGGUGAUUUCAAAACGUGAAGAGACUAUUCAUAGCAACCAGGUGCGUCUGGAAGAAAAGUCUCGGGAGUGCAGUAUUCUGACUCGACAGCUGGAGGAGGCCCUGGACGAUGCUCGUCGGCAGGUCACCCACACCAGGGAGCGAGCAGCCUCUAAAGAGCGUGUUACACAGUCCAAAAUUGUCGACCUAGAGACUCACCUGAGCAGAAUAAAAACUGAACUGAAUCAGCUACAACGAGCCAAAGAGGAGGCUGAACGGAGGUACCAGAGCCGUUUACAAGACGUCAAGGACAGACUGGAGCAGUCCGACAGCACAAACCGCAGCCUCCAGAACUAUGUCCAGUUCCUAAAAUCUUCUUACGUCAAUGUGUUUGGAGAUCCAGCUCUCACUGGGUCCUCGUUCCGCACGCCUUCACCAAUCUGAAAACUCUUGCAGGUGUAUUUUAAGACUUCCUUUACAUGGACUGACAUGUAUUAGUCUACUUGUCACAACUGAUGACCUCUUGACUUUGCUGUGCAUUGUACUUUACUCUUAAAAGUCUUAUUUAUUGGACAUGGUCAUUCUGGUGAGUACUAAGAAUUAUCUUUAGUAUUACAUAUCCAUCCUAGAAUGAGAAGUGUGGUCUUAUGGACAAAUUCUUGUCUUUUCAUAUUUUGCCCUGUCUCAAGGUGGUCGUUAUGCAAUAAACAGACUUCAAGCUAUUAUCUUCAUACAAAACUCUUCUUCCUUAAUUUACAAGGCAAUAAUGAAGGUUUUUCUGCACUUACAGUAAUAUGGCUAUUAUGGAUUUAGUCUUGUUUGAUCUUAUACUUUUUAUCUGGUUAUAAUACAUACAAUUUGCAUCUGACCCUCUGUACUAUCUAAUUGCUUUUAGUUUAAAUAAUAUCAGUAUCUACAGUAUGAUGAUGGUUGUGAGAGGCACAGUAUAAUCUCUUAUAUCCACAAAAUCCCAUUUAAAACAUGAUCACCUACUCAAAUCUGAAUUUUCUUAGUACUUGAAUUGGUUUAAGAGACAAAAUGACAACAAACUCAGGAUUUCUCAUUUUAUUUUUUUAGCCAAAGUUGUUUUUGUUUAUAGCAGGGCCAUUAUGUGAAUCUUUCUAUAUUAAAACAAUAUAAAGCAUCUUUUGAGUCAAGAUUGAUGUUGAAUUUUUGUCUUCAGUAGGCUGAGAGCAUAGAAUUCCAGUAAUGUUUAUUGGUGCUAUACAUUUUUACAUUACUGUAAUUAUUCAUCUUUUUUGUUGUUUAAAGUCAUACUUGCACUUGCACUUGUCUUUUUGUUUUGUUUAUCUGAUGUACCAUCAUGUAAAAACAACAAAACCAUAAUGCUUCACUGUUGUUUGUGCUUAUAUGAAAUGCAAUGGUACAUGUAUUUUUUAAUUGGUAAGAAUAUUUUAUAUACAUAUCAAAUGUAUUAUUCUGUACUGACGUGUAUAAAGUCUUUCGAAAGAUG